GCUCACCCCUAUUAGCUAUUGCAUUUAAGCGAUUGGGCCUGGGUCGUACACAAGGUAGCCCAGGGAAGUCCUUCAACCAAAUUGAAAACUCAGCAAAUAUUCCAGCAAUUUCAUCAAACCGUCCAAGAAGCAGAGCAGCAGUUCAUCCAGCUGCAGGGAAAUUAUUGAUUGAUUUCAUAUAUAGUCGGUGCUUAUUGAUCGAAAAAUACGAUGAAUUUCGCUGCAUCGUUGUGCAAAAGAGCAAGUCUCAGGGACUUGAUCACAAAUGUUCCUGCUUAUGCAGGUGCAACUGAUGCUUCUGGGGCAGGCUUGGCUUUAAUGUUUAGAAGGUGGGCUUCUAAGAAAACGGCUGGAUCAACGAAAAAUGGAAGAGAUUCAAAGCCUAAAAACCUUGGAGUGAAAAAGUUCGGAGGCGAGAGAGUUAUACCUGGUAACAUCAUUGUUCGGCAGAGGGGAACCCGUUUCCAUCCUGGAAAUUACGUUGGGAUUGGAAAAGAUCACACCUUAUAUGCACUGAAAGAAGGCAAUGUUAAGUUUGAGACACAUAAGUUGAGCGGGCGCAAGUGGAUCCACGUUGAGCCCAAGGACGGACACGUGCUUCAUCCUGUUUAUGGAGACGUUGAGAGUCCUCACCUGAAGACUGCAGCUUAGAAGAACCUUAGAAUUACCUUACUUCCAACAUUGAAGAUGAUAUAACUCUGUCAAGUUUAUGUUACAGUCGGUAUUUUUGGCAAUUUUACUCGGUUUAUUUGCAGAUUGUAAGUGUGGAUGCUACUCAAUUCAGAUUUCUGAUUGAGUUCUGGCCUUAGUGUCAUUUUGCUCCGCCCUCUCGUGGUGAAA